AUGUCCUUUUCUAGUCGUACUGCCAACAUUAAGGAAACGCCCCAGCAGCACCUUAUACCUGUGAUCACUUCUACAAGGACCAAGAGGCUAGAGCGAAUCCCAGAUCAGUUCGGCUAUUUGGUGAUGAGCGAAGGUGCAGUUUUGGCAUCAUCUGGGGAUCUAGAGAAUGACAAACAGGCAGGCAGUGACAUCUCUGAGCUGGUCAGCACAGCUUGUGGUUUUCACCUGCAUCACAGCAUGAACAUACCCUUUAUAUGUCUGUCUUUGGUCUUUGGAGAACACACACUGCUGGUGACCGUGUCAGGACAAAGGGUGUUUGUGGAGAAGAGGCAGAAUCGAGGCCGGGAGCCCACUGAGCUGCCCAGGAAGACGGUCGGAGGUGGAGUGGGUCUUUGA